UUUUGUUUGUUUUUUUUUGCAGAUGACAGAAGACGUCGCCCGGAAGAAGAGCGAGUAUCAGAAGCACCUGGAGUACUACAAGAUGCUGCGAGGGCGAUUCGAAGAGAUCAUCAAAUCGGGUCGCUCCGGUCGCAAACUUGACGACGUCAUCGACAAGUAUCAGAAAGCCUGCCGGAAACUGCACCUAGCACACAACGAGUACGUCCUGCUGCUGAGCGAGGCGGCCGAAAUCGAAAAGGGACAUCCGCACCAUCCUAAUGCCCCGGAUUACUGGAGCACCAGCAGUCCCAACAGGAGGCAUUCAUUCUCACGUGGCGUAAUCUCCUGCAGGACAUGUCCAAACUGGGUGACCUCACAUCGGACAAGUACAGCGAAAUCCAGCAGCGGAUAGAAACGAACAUCAGCAGUAUCAGCCCGGCCGAGGAGUACCGGGAGUUCACC